GUUAGUUUUUAAAAUUACAUAUUUUGUUAUUAUUUUUCAUCGACUAUAUUUUGUAAACAAACCAACUAAGAGAAAUUUAAAAAUGGAUUCGGCUUUAGAUCCUUUAGAUCUUGUAAAACAUUCUGAAAGAAUAGAAAAACAUCCAGUUCCUCCCAUUGAUACUGAAGCAUUGGCCCAAUAUCUGGAGGAAAUAGCUCAAGAAGCUGCCAAUCUAAUUAAUUCGGAUACAAAACAAGAAUUUCUAUAUAAAAAUCCUAACGGAUGGCAACAUACAAAACUUUAUUACAAUGUCAAGAAGUUUUGCCAAAAAAUUGGAGUAACAAAAGUCGAUAGUUCAAAUGAUAUAGAUAGUCCUAGCAGCAAUUCAAUAUCCCUUGCAGCACCCAGUUCUUCUACCACCAGUGAGGAACUAGAAAUUAAACUAGAACCUUGGUCCUUAAUAGAAGAUUUUAAAUUUCCCUCAGUGGUACACCAAAUAAAUGAAUUCAUACAAACCUGGGAAUUAAGUUCUGCCACAAAAUUUGUAGUUAUAGCUUUGGAUAAAAUUGAGCACAUACCACCCUUUGGUCAAAAAUAUUUUGUAGAGGCACAUUUUUCUAAACCCACACCCAAAUGUCCCAACCCUUUAGCUGUAGCCAAAGUGUACUUUCAAAUAAAUGUAAGUAACUUGCUGCCGAGUGAUUACCCGGUGAAUGUUACCUACAAAUUUGAAAGCUAUAAAAGUCAAUUUUAUGCCAUGGGUAAACUUAAAAUGAGUUCAAAUAAAUUUCAACGUUAUUACAUAGAUUCCAUAUUACACAUGAAAUUAUCAUUUUACGCCGAAUUAUGUGAAUGUCGUAAUCCCUUGAAACCAUUGGAAAAGCGCAAAAAGAGUGGUAAAUUAGAAAGAAUAAAAAGCUUGUGAUCUUGAAAAAUUGCUGUUUGUCUUGUAGUUUGAGAGAAUUGU